AUGUAUCGAGGGAUUUUACCCGAUAGAAUAACCUUUAAUAUAUUAAUAGAUUCACAUUGUAAAGAUGGUAUGAUGGAAGAUGCUUGGGGGUUAUUCAUAUUGAUGGACAAGUUAAACAUCCCACCUGAUCAUAUUACCUAUAAUUCAAUGAUGCAUGGUCUAUGUUUGGUAGGUCGGCUGCAAGAAGCGAUUGAACAAUUUGACUCGAUGGCGGAUAGGGGCCUGGAGCCAGAUGAGUUCCACUACAAUGCGUUACUCGACGGGUAUGGCAAGAAGCAUAAAAUGGAUGAAGCUAUGCAGCUAUUCAAGAAAAUGAAACAAAAUGGAUCGAAACCCACAACAUUUACUUACACUACACUAUUAGCAGGGCUAUACCGAGAUGGAAGAAUGAAGACAGCAAAGAAUUUGUUUAAUGAGAUGCAAGCUUUUGGUCAAUCUCCAGAUGAAGUUGUGUGUAAUGCGGUGUUGAAUGGAUUAUGCAAGAACGGAAAAAUGGAGGAAGCAAUAGAAUUGUUUGAAUCCUUGGAGAGUAUUGGUGUCUCAGCUAAUAUAGAAAUGUACUAUAUUCUUAUUAGCGGUUUUUGUCACGUUGGCAAGCUGGAAGAUGCAAGAAGACAUUUUAAUGAUAUCCCAAGAAAAGGAUUGGUGCCUAAUGUAGUAACAUAUACUGCAAUGAUUACAGGCCUAUUUCGUAACAAGAUGUUACUAGAGGAACAUAUUAAUUAA